AUGAGUCAUCAACAGCGUCGAUCAUUAGAGCUUCAACAUCGACGAGAUGAAAUACUGAAGGAGACAGCGAAUGUAACAUCAAGUGUUGUUCGAUCGUUAGAACAACAACAGACGCUAGGAAUGAACACGGAUCAACAACUAAAACAUCAAAAUUUAGUUUUAGCUCAAGCGAAUGAUAAAAUGAGAGCAAUGAACAAAGAUUUAUCGGCUGUUGUUGAUGAAAUGAAUGAAAUGGAAACCAGAGGAGGAUGUCUUGGGGGAUGUAGAAAAUCAAGAAAAGGACGAAAAGAUAGACAACGUAGGAGGGAUGAGAAAGAGAGAUCUAUUCAACUUACUUCUCCUGUCCUUCAACAGUUAAGAGAACAAGUAGAUCGUGUUGGCGGUCCAAAAGGUACAGGAAUGACGAGCGGUACAUCAACACCUCAUCGCAUGCCCGAGCUAGUUAAAAACAAUGAACUCGAGCGUCAGAUCAUUGCAGAAAUGAAUUUAAUGAAAGAUCAAAUGUUAAUGUUUCGUGAUCAGAUCAGAGAGAUUAAUGUAACGUUGCAGACAGGUGAUAAUAUCAUUGAACAAGUAACGUACCAAACAAAUGAGUAUAUGGUUAAAAUAUCAGUAGCACUAACAAAAGCCGAACAAUUAUUAGGCAGGAAAUUUAUUUUAAGUCAAGAACAGCAUCAAGCAAUCGCAAAAGAACGAGCAGAAAGACACCCAAGAAUAUAA